GCAUUGGUUCACCAAGCAGACGCACGUAGGCGCGUCUCCGACCGACCAACCCCCCUCUUCCCCCGGCAGACUGAAGAGCCGGCUAGCGGCGGGACAGCCAGGCAGCGACGACCCGCCGCCGCAGCUCCGACGGGACAGACAGGACCGAGGUCUCCGCCGACCGAGGAGGUGUGACACCGUGCUGAGUCCCCUCACUGUGUGCAGCAGCACCAUGGCAGCUGUGGGACCUGAGGACAGAGCUGGAGCGGGGCCAGGCGGGAUGGCUGUCUUCCCGUCGGGACUACAAGCCUGCGUCUCUACGACGACGCAAAACAGCAACGGGCCAGGCAGACAGCAGACCCUGGUGUAUUCACAGAGCUGUGUCCAGGCUGACAAAGCAUUCUUGGAGAGUGGGCAUCACAAGAACAAGACAUCCGUUCACCUGCCGCAGAGGGAGGCUGAGCGAGGCUGGAGCAACCUGGCUGCCCCCUUGCAAGCUAUGGGACCCACAGCGCACCCCAGCAACGCUUCAGUUACCGGUGAAGCACCGUACAGUUUCCGCAGUCCAGAGUCAGUGGAGAUGGAUGAAAUCAUGGCAGCUAUGGUUCUGACCAGUCUGUCCUGUAGCCCCGUGGUCCAGAGUCCUCCACAAACAGAUCCUGGACCAGCCGGCUCAUCGUCACCAGCCGACAUGGAGUGCGGCGGCGGCGAGCUCUCCGACAGCGGCAGCAGCGGCUACUGGAGCUGGGACCACGGCAACGUGAGUCCCGCCCCCUCGCCGUCCGUCACGGAGAUGGACAGCAGUCCUGACGAAGGCCUGCAAAUGGAACUGGAGCAGGGAGAGGAGCUUCAUGCCAAAAAGCCAAAGAGCUCUUUCAGAGGUGUGUAUAAGUGUCUGUGGCCCAGCUGUGGCAAGGUGCUAGCGUCUUCAGUCGGAAUAAAAAGACAUAUCCGUGUGCUGCAUCUGGGCAGUGGGUCAGAUCAGUCCCAGAGAGAGGAGGACUUCUACUACACCAAGAUCUCCUGUGAGACCGUGGACGCCAGCUCUGCUCCAGCUCCCCCCCAGCAGGCUCUGGGCCUGGCCUCGUCCUCUCAUCUCAGCUGGGCCUCCUGCGGUUCCCCUCCGGCCUCGGGGCUCCAGAUCCCCCCGGCUCACAGGCCCAGGUCCAACUCCAGCUCCGGGCCCGGCCCGAGCAGGCCCAGUCCGCUCAGCCAGUCGGCCCCCAGCAGCUUCUGGCAGAUCCACUCGGAGCAUCUCUAUCAGGCCUGUAGCCCCGUCCAGGUUUCCGUGGCCUCCAGAAGCCCCGGUUGCCAGGGUUGGACCCCGUCCUCCUCCGUCUCCGGCCACAGUAUCGCUCCGAUGGUGAAGCCUCGCUGCCGGUCUGUCAGUGUCGGGGAACAGUGGCUCCAGCAGAACAGGCUGCAGCCUAUGAGCGCGUCGCCCUCCCGCUCUCACUGCUCCUUCAGGAAGGGUCGCGGGGAGGCCAAAAAGUGCCGGAAGGUGUACGGAGUGGAGCGCAAGGAUCAGUGGUGCACCGCCUGCCGCUGGAAAAAAGCCUGCCAGCGCUUCCCUGACUAAAAACAGCUGCGUGGUGGAGAGAGAAAGAGAGAGCGUGAGAGACAGAGAGGUGGAUGGAUGGAUGGAUGAGUGAUAACUUUUAUCUUUUAUCAAAAAGAGGAUUUAAAAUCAGGGCCCGAGCGCCGUGGAGAAACACAGCUGUUCUUUUACGAUGUGAUCUCUUUUUUUUUUUUUUACUUUCAACCUGUUCUGUUUCUGUCCACACAAAAUGCAAAUGGACUUUUCUGUAUCUUUGUAACUUGAUCCUGAAAACUGAAGUCUGCGAUGGUGCUAGCUGUUGACUGACUUUGACCAUGUGAUGUGCUAAGCCUACAAUACUCUCCUACUUUAUCCAAAGGUCAUAUUACUGCCCCUGUAGCUCCACUGUAUUAGACUGCUACUUGGCUGUUUCCUUUAUUCCAACCGUCUCUUCCAGUGGUUACACAGUGGUUAUGAUGUAUUGUGUGCUUUGAGUUACGUACGAGUAUUUUAUACCGUUUUUUUUUUUUUGUUUAUUUGUUUUUUUAUUGUCCUGUUCAGCCCGUGUAUUUGGGCCGAUUCCUUUUUUGGGGAAUUUUCAUGUUUUUUGGCACUUUGUUGGAAUAUAAACUCACAAGGAUAAGCUACAAUUGGUUUGACUCAACCAAGUUCCUGUUUCCUUCCUGCCCACGUGUUGGCAUACGACCAGUGUUAAUGGUUUUAUCCGUGAAGCUAUGGAGUCAUGGCAAUGGGAUUAGCAUUAGGGGAAUGAGUUUGUAAUAGCAAUAAAAAAGAGGAAAUAUAUUGUCAAACACGAAUUAAAAAGCACUGAG